GUUUUCCUCAGCUGAGACGGUCGGAAAGAUUCCUCCUGUGGGUUUUGCAUCAUGGAGGCUGCAAGUCAAUCCAGCAGUCAACAGAUUCUGUGGGAUGAUGUUGAGUCUGCAAAAGAGAAGAAGGCCAAGUUCCAAACCUACCAGCGUGUGGCUCUGGUUCUGACGCUGGUCUUCCUCGUUCUGGGUCUCUGCGUUUUCAGCCUGAGAUAUCUGUGGAGCCCCAGUCUAGGCAAGGUUUAUGACCAUCAGUACAAAGCCGUGCUGGAUGGCGUGGAGACUGACAGCUUGAUGGAGAUCGACCCGAUUCAGCACAUCGAGAUCUUCAGAAUGGGAAACGGGAGCAAGGAGGUUCUGGAGGUUCACGACUUCAAAAAUGGAAUCACUGGGAUCCGGUUUGCUGAACAUCAGAGGUGCUACAUCAGGACCCAAACCAGGAAGCUACCCACAGUGGCAGAGGUGGAGGCUGAGGACACAGAGUUAGCGGUGGAUGAGACUGAGGCGAUGGACACUAAGGUGGACGACUCCCAAGUGUGGGUUCCUGCCGAGGAGCCCAUCGUUAACCCGGCCUUCCUCUUUGACUCCAAGAUCUGGGAGAUUUGCCAGGAGCUGCCUAUCCACUGGAUCCACCCCUCCCUCCUCAGUGAUGCCGAGGAGGGAAAUGUGGACACGCCCGACGUGGAGGUCACUGGCAGUCGUUUUGCCCGAGAUGUCCUGGACCACCCUGCAGUGAACGACUAUAGAGAAGUCGGAAUCGAGCUGGACAACCGUCUGGACGACCGCGGCUUCUGCUGCCAGCAUUGUCGCCGUGGUUACCGCUUCUGCCGCCGCUACUACGAGCCCCUGGGCGGCUUCAACCCGUGGCCAUACUACUACCAAGGAGGCCGGGUCAUCUGUCAGAUUGUCAUGCCGUGCAACUGGUGGAUCGCCCGCAUGCUGGGAAGGCUCUGAGAGGGCGAGUCCAGUCUGAGGUUUUGAAGUGUUUGUGUGCUCUUGGGUGCAGAUUCACUUUUUUUUUAACAAGUAUUUCAAACUUCAAAGCAAAGCAAUCCAUUGAACAUAUUCAUUAUCCAAUCUGAAGGUUGGCCCAUUGAGUUUAGUCAUUCUAAAUAGUCUAAAAGGCAUCUGAAGUGUUUUUAAUUCUCUUUUAAAGGACAUUGGUUGUUAACAGCUGUCUAAUUCUCUUCGCUUAUCUACCCACUUAGCAUCCUUGCUAUUUGAUCGUUUUGAAUGGGAGCAAUUUAGUUUGUAAGAAACUAAUCUACUCUAAAGAAUUCUUUAGCGCUGUUUGUCCUUACUUUGUGAAGCAUUCAUCUCAUAUUAUGAGUAAAAAAUACUUUUCUACUAAUAGUGUUAUGCAUGAAAAUGUACAUAGCUUAUACUAACUUGUCUGACAGUCUGAAUGGUGGAUAAAAGCCUUCCUCAUCCUCACCAAUAAAUAUUAAAGCUACUGUGUGGACAAAGAAGUACAUCUUAUUUUUUGUUGCUAAUUUUGCUUUACAGGACGACUGCAUGUUAAGAUAUGAGGACUUUAUUAUAUUGACGUUAGUCUCUUCUGUAUUAUGCACUAGGUUUCUACAUUGUAAGUACAUGUUAAAAGAAAUUUGUGCAGUGCAUUCUGGGAAUGGAUGUCAGUUGGCUGCAUGGUUCUUCCAGUAGAAUUUCAUCCUUAAACCUUUUCAUUCUUAAAACCCAAGUGCAGUCAUAGCAAAGAGGACAAUGAAGUAAUGGUAAUGUAGAUUGAGGUUAGUACUCAUGAUGCUACUAGGCCAGGAAAUUUCCAUCUGAUUUAUCGCAAGCUAAUUUGCAUUUAGUCAACUACUCUCAAGUCAAAUAAAUACAUUCCAGUCAGGAACACUCAUCAUACAUUUUACUAUCCUGUUGCAAAAUGGAUCUACAGUUUUACUUAGCAGAGGAGGCUCUGCUGUAAAGAUGCUCCCUGGGUUAGUCAAGCAGCAUGAUUUGACUUUCAGGGGAGCACUUGGGUAGAAACCCCCCUUAUGAAUGGAUACAUCAAUGACAGUGCAUAGUGAAUACAGUAAAAUGAGUUCAAAAUCAAUAAAUACACAUAAGCGUGAAUCUCAAUAUGAAGGUGCAACAGGCUUUAUGCUAUAAAGGAGGAGGCUGGGGUGGAGGAGGUUAAACUUUACUAGCAGCAGGAGCACGGUGCAUCAGCAUUAAUGCAUGCAGGGAUCAAUGAGAAGUACAUCAUAUCGAAAUGGAUUGCUGUGUUGAGAGAAAGAGCUGUGAUUGGCUGUGGGAGAUGGAAGGCUAUAUUUGGAAAAAUCUGGCUGUCAGCUGAUCACGACGGGGCACAUGACUACUGUGUCCUGCAUGAACUAACACUGAGCUUUAUUCUGUUAACCAGUAGUUUUCACACUUUAUUUUCCCAAGGCACACUGAAGAUCAAGCUGAAACCUUAAGGCAUGCCAUGUCUAAAACCAUGUAAAAUAGCCUCUUUAACAUGUGUUCAGUUAAUUUUAGUUGUAGUAUUAAUAUGGGGUUAAAAAAAAAAAUGCCACGGCACACCCAAACUUGCCUCAGAACACACCAGUGUCCAUUGUCCCACCAUUUGAGAACCCAGCUGUAAACCAUCUUCACACUGCAAGAAUGAAUUAAAGCCACACUGUAAUGGUGUGAGGUUGGUUUAUUAAAUGUAGCUAAUGCUGGCCUCUUACUUGCACUGCAGGCCUUUGAUCCAGGACAACUUUAUUCCCAUUUUCUCUGUCAAAAUCGCGCUAAACCACGCUGUUCCUACAAGACGCUAUCGGUGCUAUCAGUUAGCGGUUGUUUACAUUGGAUUAAAAAGCAGCAAGGCAGUAGACAUGAAAAAUAAUUACAGUGGCAGGAAGCUGUGUUACAAAUAAGACAGAAUCCUUGACCAGGAUAAACUAAAAUGAUUUUUAAAAAAUGGUAAUAAUGAGUUUAAAAGAUGUAUUCUGGUCAUCAUCUCAAAGAUGUGGGAAGAUGAAUGGUGGAGCCUGAUGAACUCACUUCCUAGAAUGCAUGGCACAA